AUGUCAAGGCAACCUGUUUGGGACGAGGUCACGAAAUUUUGUUCUUUGAGAAAGAAGCCAGGCAUCACAGAGGAAGUACAGGUACCUAUAAAGGUUUUUGAUCUACCUUUUGUCACCAACCGCUCUUCUGCUAUUGAUCUCUGUGAACACCCAGAGUAUCGCAACAUGCAUGGCCUAUUUAUGAGCCCAGUAUCAUUUUCUCUCGUCGAGGGGCUAGUCCCAGCUCUCUCAACUGGGUCGCCUUCGACAAUGGGAGAUAUUUUGUUCCCCAGUCCAGCAUAUAUUGAAGAAGAGUUUACAUAUGACGAUACAAGGGAGGUCAGCUGGGAAGAGAAGAGGAAUAAUAUGUACUGGGCUGGGUCUACAACCGGCGCAUUCGCCUCAGAUACAAACUGGCCGUCUUAUCAUAGACAAAGAUUCGUGGGAUUGGUGCAAAACACGGAGCGCCAGCAGUAUUAUUACUUGCGGUUGAUCCGUGGAACGAUACAGCGUGUUGCAUCCUCGUUUCUAAACGGACGAUUAUUUGAUGUCGCUUUUACACGAAUAUUUCAAUGCAAAAGAAAAUAUUGCAGAGACCAGGCGAGGACCUUUAAAAUAGGUGGAUGGGCUGAUAAAGACAAAGCACUUCAGUCGCGACUGGUCUUUGAUCUCGAUGGGAACGGCAUUAGCGGCCGCUACUACAAGCUGCUGGCAUCAAAAUCGGCACCGUUAAAGCAAACGCUUCUAAGAGAAUGGCACGACGAUCGUCUCGUGCCGUGGGUUCAUUACAUUCCUGUUAGUCAAAGUCUAGAAGAGCUGCCCGAACUUGUCCUCUACUUGACGUCGACAGAAUCUGGUCAACAGCGGGCUAGAGAAAUCGCAGAACAGGGACGGGACUGGUUCUUCAAGGCGCUACGAGAAGCUGACAUGUCUGUCUAUACGUAUCGACUAUUGUUGGAGCUGGCGAGACUGCAGGAUCUAAAAAGACCAGCGGGGUUUCCUGGUCUCGUCUAA